AAUCCACACUCGCGCUCGUUCCAGCGGUGACUGCAGCCGCCUCCUUGCUGCCUCCAAGACGCGGACGCGGUGUGGGAUCUAGCCGCCGGUGUUCGCGCACAGCGAUGGUGUGAGGAGCCGCCGGAGAGUUUGCCGCUCUCCCUACAAGGACAGUCGUCAACAGCUCUACUCCUACCACAGGCCUGGCACCACCCACGCAUUCACUGUUUCUUCCUGUCCAUUCCUCACUCACCCUGUCAUGAAAGGUCUGUCAGGUAGCAAGAGUCACCAUCAUGUGGUCUCCUAUGAGCCAUCAUAUGAUCCACUGGGCCACCAUGUGGACCGCAAGCCAUUGUUGAUCAGUCAGAUGGACAUUCCUGUGCCCGUUCCCAUGCCAGCCGAGCACCCCUACUACAAUGCUCAGCGUACCUCGUACCCCUCUGACAGCAACAGCAUUGUCCCAUAUGGAACCUUCCCAAGGAGGUGCCACUCCACCUCCUCAUCUCACCAUCCUGAGGUAAAGGAUGAGUGUAUGGCCAUAGUACCCUAUGUAGUGGGAGGAGGAAGAGGGGGAGGAGGUGGAGGAGGCUACGGGGGUAAAAUGCAGACUCAGGUACCAGUAAACAUUGUGGACCAGUAUGAACAUCAGCCCCCAUUUUCCAGAGAUGGCUACCACACACUACAAUACAAACGAGGAGUGCUGGCCCACACUGGGGGGAUGGGAACCAAUGACAACAACAAUGACAGCCCUGGGCGAAUUCGCCAUCUGGUCCACUCUGUCCAGAAACUCUUCACAAAGUCACAUUCACUGGAGGGGCCGCACCACACACAGUCAUCUAAAGGGGCUCAUAAUGGGAGCGUUAAUGGUGGUGGUGGUGGUGGAGGAGGUGGUGGUGGUGGCUCAAGGGCCAGCCCAGAAGGUGGAACUCCAUCUGGGGGAGUGCGCCACCGGAAGCGCAGCAAGAGCCGCGAGCGCUGUCGAUCAGCGGAGCCCAAGCAUCGAAGCUACCACCACCACCACCCCCAGCUCCACGGCUCAGCAUCUGCUCCGGGCUCUGGAUACUGGAGCUCAGAUGACAAUCUGGAACGGGAGCUGUGUCUCUAUCACCCUCAUCACCACCAACCUCCACCCUCUCCUUCCCCGUCCAUAUCCCCCUCACCUAUUGCCAUGACAAUGGGCCGAUGCGUUGACAACAACCCUGACAAGUUCCCUCAGACUGCUCUCACAAGUCUCCCCAUCUCGCAUUCCCAGCAGUACUUCAUGAUGGACCCCUAUGGCACACUCAAUGAGCACUCUCACAGCCAUGCACGCCAUGGCCACACACACCACCACUCGGCUCUGAAAGCCUCCCGGAGCAACAGCGAUUUGAAAUAUGCAGCAUCGUCAGCAUGUCUACCGGUUAGUGGUAGCAGCAAUAACAGCGGUGUCGGUGGAGGAAUCAGCCCUUUGCUGCCUGUGGGUCUUUUGGACGGGCCCCUUGUGAAGAAAGGGGCGUGGUCAUCAAGCCUAACGGUGAGCAGGGCCCGAGAGGUCUACACCAACAACAGCCACAACCAGCCACGAGCCAGCGCAGGAUCCGGUAACCUAAACCUAGAUAGAGCUCUAGUCAAAUCAAAGGGCAGUCAGCAACAGGACCACUCUUGCCAUUUCUUACAGGUACCUCAAGAUGAGUGGAGCGGCUUCUCUCCUCUGGGGAAGGAGGAAGACAUCCCCUGUAGGAGGAUGAGGAGUGGCAGCUACGUCAAAGCCAUGGCUGAAGACGACAGUGGGGACUCUGAGGGGAGUCCCAAACCCUCCCCGAAAGUUCAAGCCCGACGUGCGAGCUACCUGAAAGCCACACAACCCUCGUUGACUGAGAUGACCACGCUACAGAUUUCAACAGAGCACUCCCCCAAACUGCAGAUCAGGAGCCACAGUUAUUUACGUGCAGUGAGUGAAGUUUCGAUAAACAGAAGCCUGGACACCCUGGACCCCAAAAGCCUCCUCGACCCCAAAUCCCUGUUAUCUUCACCCCAAUACCGAUCACGCAACGAAAGCUACAUGAGAGCCAUGAGCACCAUCAGUCAGAUGAGUGAAGUGGAGGUGAAUGGACAGAUUGAACAGGUCUGUGAACAGGUUUACAGUGAGAUGCAAUCUCAGGCGAUGGAAGCAGCCAUGGACAGCCUGGAGACCAUGGACACGCUUCCCAUGCCAGGAUGCUUUCGAAUGCGAAGCCACAGUUAUGUCAGGGCAAUUGAUCAGGGCUGCUCGGGAGACGAGGAAGGCGAAGGAGGAAGACCACUAUUGCUGCUGCCCUCCUCACCACCUCGUACGUCUGCAACCACUGUCAGGACCAUACAGAGCAGCACAGUCUCAUCUUGCAUUACCACCUAUAAGAAAACUCCUCCCCCAGUACCACCACGAACCUCCACCUGCUCUACAGCCUCCAAACCAUACAUCUCCAUUACUGCACAGAGCAGCACAGAAUCUGCACAGGAUGCAUACAUGGAAGAGGAAGGCCCUAGAGGUGACAUGACCAUCCAAUCAGGGCUGAGUAACUCCACAGAAAGUAUCGACAGCAUGAAGGCCUUGACAGCCGCCAUAGAAGCUGCUAAUGCUCAGGUCCAUGGACCAGCCAGUCAACACGUCAACAACAGCACCAUGACAGUCACUACACCCAACCCCUCCGCCCUGAGCAGGGGCUACUCGAUUGAAGACCACCGAGAUGAGUACAGGAAAGAAGCCCUGAGGAAGGGCAAAUGUCUCUCCAUAGGAAUCCAGGUGGACGGUCCAGAGGACUUCCCAGAUCCUGAUGAUCCAUCUAAGUUCACCUCUGUGGGAGUGCAAGUGGAGGAUGACAGAGGAUACAGAAAGUUCCAGCGCUCCAACAGUGUGACAACAGCUGUACAGGCAGAUUUGGACCUGCCAGACAUGCUCGACAUGCCUCUGGACUCCCCAGAACCCAACAGGCACAUCCUGUCCCCUAAUGCUCUGUCUCGGCAAUAUUCCCGUGAUGCCGCGACGUCCACCGUCAGCAUUCAGGGCUCAGGGAACCACUAUCAUGCCUGUGCCUCUGACGAGUACGACGAUGUUGGCUUUGAUCCAUCCAUCCUCCCUCCUCCAGACCCCUGGAUAGACAACGUCACAGAUGACCCUCUCUGUGCCAACUUUAACAGCUCUGCCAUUCUGGAGGUGGCGUCCCGAUCAGUCUGUCAGAGAGAUGGCCGCUGGUUCCUGAAGCUUCUGCAGGCUGAGACUGACCGCAUGGAGGGCUGGUGUCAACAGAUGGAGAUGGACCAGCGAGAGAACGACCUGCCUGACGAGGUUCUAGGGAAGAUGAGGAGUGCUAUGGGAAGUGCUCAACUUUUAAUGUCACAGAAGUUUCAGCAGUUCAGGGAGCUCUGCGAGGAGAACCUGAACCCCAACAUCCAUCCUCGCCCCGUGGCUUCCGACCUGGCUGGUUUCUGGGAUAUGCUUCAGUUGUCCAUUGAGAACAUCAGCUUGAAGUUUGAUGAGCUUCAUCAACUCAGGGCCAAUAACUGGAGACCUCUAGAUCCUCCUGAAAGAAAGCUCCAGCGAAAUGAAGUCAAUUCAGUCGCCAUUUUUCCACGAUACGGACACCGCCAUUUGGAGCCAGACGAGGAAAGGCGCCUUCCACCUCCAGUGCCAAGAAAGCCCCACAAGGGCCCCCACCAACACCCCCCUCUGGUCAGGGACCGCUCGCUGGAGAGCUCCGAGAAGCAAAGGCAAGAAGCCAGGAAGCGACUGAUGGCAGCCAAAAGGGCGGCCUCUGUCCGGCAGAACUCUGCCACAGAGAGCGCCGAUAGCAUUGAGAUCUACAUCCCUGAGGCACAAACGAGGUUAUGAGGACACCAACAGGGACAAACAGUUGGACUCACAAGUCCCCCCACACAAAAAUGUACAGUCGUUCACACUACGGUGCAGAAUAGGGGAGCCAGCUUAUUAUUUCAACCUCUUCCCUUGUUAUUGUCGCUUCUCACCUGAUCAGCAGAGAAGUCACGAUAUUUACUUACAGGAUUCCACAGGUCUUUAUAUUCAGCCCACACUAAAAGGUAUGAACCCAAAAUAUUCCUUUAUGUAAACACUUGUGGUAGAGUUUUUACAUUUUUUAUUACAGCUUUAUUAUUUAUUCAAAUCUAUUUACAUUAACAGCCAAAUAAAAUAAAUAAAACUAUAAGUAAUCCAGUAUAGGACUUCCCUCUGUGACAAUUUCAACAGUAUAUUUUUAUUUGUUGGUUAUUUAUUAAUUUUGUUGUGUGUACCUUAUUUUCAUUUCAGUCGUGUUCUGAACAUUUUUAUAUUAUUUUAUUUAUUCGGCAAAAUUAUACCGAACAAUAAGUUCUUCAAACUAUCUUAGGCAUAAACCAGUGAUGGUUCAAGCAGAAAUAAGCCUUGUGAGGAUCUGAAGCGUUUACUAAAUCCACAUAAAUAUGUAUCCACACUCAAAUUUUAGGAAGACCACUUUAUAAAAGAGAAAAACAAAACCCAGCUGCUUGGAAGCAAAUGAUAAGAAAUGACAAGACUUUUGCACAGCUGUUUUUUUUUUUUUAUCCAGUGACUACCCGUACAUGGGAGUUUCCUUAAUAAUGUAAUUCACAGUGACUUUCUUCAUGAGGCUGCUGCACUUUUGUUUGCAACCUGCUGAUCUUGCAAGCCAGGCAUUACCCACAAACCCUGUGGGCUUGCACAGUACAAAUACACAAUCUAAAAAAACUCUUAAUUAAAAUCCCAGGAGUCAAUUUCUAUCUGUUUUGUUUUCAGUUGGCAUCUGUGCAGAAAUACAAAACUCAAGCCCAGGUCUCAAAAUGCAAACUGAACACAUUCUGUGCAGUCUUACUCAAAGGAAGAGCUUAACCUGCUUCACCUGCCUAGAUAGUACACAGGAUUAUGACGUGACAUGCUGAUAAACAACUGGUCCUGUAGGAUUUGACAUUCUGGAUUAUUGCUAUGAGCAACAGCGUAACAGUUGUCUUCUUAAUUCCCUUCAGCUCUGAUCAUCACUGUUCAGAUAGACAAUAAUAACUAGAAAAGUUGCAUUACCUUUGAUAAUUCCUGUGUCAAUGCUCUUAGUCGCUGAAGAUGCUGAAGCUUUUUAGUGAAAAUGGUGACACAAUGUAUUUUAAUUGCUGAAAGGAUUUGCGGAAAAUUCAAAUGCUAUUUGCGAAAUGUUAAAUUUGCUAAAAGAAUGGAAUUGUUUUUAAAGAACUAUGUGGAAGAGCAUUGUAGUUGGCCUAAAUUUAGGAAAAAUGUGUAGUAAAAUUGCUUUAAAAUCCCUAAUACAUGCCACUUUUGCUAAAAUAUUUAGUGAGUUGCUUAAAUAUGAGCAGAACUCCAAAUUAGCCCCAAAACUUAGUA